UUUGUGGUUCAAGCAGACAAAAUUUCCCACAGUACUUCCAGCUACCAACGCUUUCUUGAUUUGACAUCUUUUUCUAUUUUUUGGAGUGUUGAUAACGUCAAUAGACAAACACCAUGCUUUUUUUUCUUUUGGUGGAAUAUCAUUGUGUGAAAUUGGCAAUUUCUCAAGCUGAGUUGAAUCUUUCCACGCUGAUUAUUCCUGCCCUCUCUGCUUCUUUCUUUAUCAAGUUAUUUUCUGAAUUGCCGAGUCUUCGAAUAACGUAUUAAAAAAAAAAAAAGAGGGUUUCCAUGAGAGAAAAAGAGAGGUAGCUUGCUGGCCUUAAUACAUAAUCACUGCUACUAAUCUUAAAUGUAACUGGUGCUAUUGCCAUUCAUAACCUCAACGGCUCACGUAGCCACACCUACCUUUCAAAAACCGAAGUUUCCCUCUCUUUUUUUUUUUUUUUUUAUUAACACAACUACUACCGGCCAUUUCCACCGCGCUCUUGCUCUCUAAACAAUGAAAAGCCCAUGUUCUCCCUACGUUCGCCGGACCCCAGCCUCUGGCGUACGGUCUACGUCGGAACGUAUUCCUUACUCCCCUACAUCCUCCUCCUACUCAGGCAGCUCCGCCGUGAAGAAGCGGGACCCAUUGUUUGCGGUAGCGAAAUCGGUGGCCGGAGUGUUUGGUGCUUGUUUAAUGCCCCCCGAGCCUGAGCCGAACGAUUCAAAGGCCUUUGGUUCCUCUGAAGAGUUAAAAGCUCCCUCUGUUGUAUCCAAUACUUCUGGGAGCAGUGAAAGAAGGCAAGGUUCAAAUCGAGGCAUUUAUAGCAGUCCGUUCAAUUCAGUCCGUGAGAGAGAACCUGGGAGUGUAAAUUUUACCAUGGAGGAAAUAUAUACAGCCACAAGGAACUUCUCCCCGACGUUCAAGAUUGGACAAGGUGAUUUUGGGACUGUUUACAAGGGGAGACUCCAAGAUGGAACCGCUGUUGCCAUCAAACGUGCCAAGAAGAGUGUAAAUGACAAGCAUUUAGGUGAAGAAUUUCAAAGUGAGAUUCGAACACUGGCACAGGUGGAACAUUUACAUCUAGUAAAGUUCUAUGGUUAUUUGGAACAUGAAGAUGAAAGAAUUGUUCUUAUGGAGUAUGUUCCCAAUGGAACUCUCAGAGAACACUUGGAUUGCAUGCAUGGAAAUGUUAUUGACCUUGCUGUGCGCGUAGAUAUUGCAAUUGAUGUAGCUCAUGCAGUCACCUACCUUCACAUGUACACAGAUCACCCAAUUAUUCACAGGGACAUAAAGUCCUCCAACAUUCUCCUCACAGAAAACUUUCGAGCCAAGGUAGCAGAUUUUGGUUUUGCUAGACUGGCAGCUGACAGGGAUUCAGGUGCCACCCAUGUGUCUACCCAAGUUAAAGGAACUGCUGGAUACUUGGACCCAGAAUACAUGAGGACGUAUCAAUUAACUGAGAAGAGCGAUGUUUAUUCAUUUGGUGUGUUGCUGGUUGAACUAAUGACAGGUAGGCGUCCUGUUGAACCGGAAAGGGAAAUAAAGGAACGUUUAACUGCAAAAUGGGCAAUAAAGAAGUUUGCAGAAGGUAAUGCCAUUGUAAUCUUGGACCCGAAGCUAGAGCGAACUGCUGCAAAUAACUUGGCCCUAGAAAAGAUUCUGGAACUAGCAUUGCAAUGUUUGGCUCCUGGCAGACAGAGCAGGCCGAGCAUGAGGAAAUGCGCAGAGGUUCUUUGGAGCAUUCGUAAGGAUUACAAGGAACAAUCAACCUCAGAUUUUUGUUAUCUUAUUUCUUCUAAAUCACAGGGGAGUUUUUCAGUUAUAACAGAAGAAUAAACAAAUAGCUGCCUAGUAUUGUGGAAAUCAACCCCACACCAGAAAUGGUAAUGUAAAGAGAAGCAAGCCAAAGCAGUUGCUUUUCAAGACGAACAAGUGAUUUGAGAGUAACAGCGCAGGGUGGUCAGAAAGGAUUAAUAGUUUUCCAUAGAGCAUUGCCAAGAUGACGCAAUAUUGCUUAAUAAGAUUCAGUGCUUGCAAGAUCAUAGGAGGAACACUACUUGCGACGUUAUUAAAAAGCUGUAGGUUGGGGUCUGCAUUUUUGCUGCAUAUUUAAAAAUCUUAAAUAUAUUUCUGGCGAUCUUGAACUAUCAUUCUGGGAGAGCCAUGUUCGAAUGGUUUUGUUUUUUUUUUGGGUAAAACUUUGCGAAUAUUGUAUAUUGAUAGGUUCGCAAUAUUUAUCACCACUUUCUGAAGAAUUACACAAACAUUUCACUCA